CGUGCCGACGUGGUCACCCCGCUUCCUGUCAAACUUGUCAAAAUGUUGUUUACUCCCACUUGAAUAAUAAACCAUUUCCUGGCAGUGGCCCCCUUGAUGAUGCUCUAAACCCCCGAAGAUGCCCGCCAUGAAGGACUCCUACAUCGUGAAAAUCGCGGUCGAAAUGACCGACCAAGUGCCCCAACUCAUCGAGUUCAACCAGAAGCAGCCCCUCGCCGGAAUAAUCCAAGAACUGUGCAACGGGUGGCACCUGUCCGACCCCGAGCAGUACGCCCUCCAGUUCAACGACAGCAACAACCGCAACUACAUCACCGAGAAAAACCGCAACGAAAUCAAAAACGGGUCGGUGCUGCGGCUGCAGUACUCCCCCUCGAAGACCGCCCAGGACAUCCUCCAGAAGCUUCAAGCCGGUUCGGGGGAAGAAAAGACGCACGCGAUGGCGCGUCUGUCAAACUUGAGCGCCGACAUGACAUUCGCUCUAGACUUCAUCAACAAACAAGGCUUGACGUUGAUUAUCAAACAAAUCGAGAGCGGCAAGUUCAAGGGGGCUGUGUUAGCGCACACGUUGCAGAGUUUCGUGGAGUUGAUGGAGCACGGGAUCGUCUCGUGGGACAUCCUGAACGGCGACUUCAUCAACCGGGUGGCUAGCUUUGUCAACACGCAACAAGAGCCCGAGGUGACGCAAGCCGCACUGUCGAUUUUGGAGAACAUCGUCUUGAAUAGUAGCGAGGGGUACGGGCAAGUGGAGCGCGAGGUCCCGAUCGGGUCGCUCGUGGGACACUUGCAGGAAACCCCCGUCGUGCAACAAAACGCGGUGGCUUUAAUCAACGCGUUGCUUCUGAGGGCGGACUCCGCCAAGCGCCGUCAAUUGGCACAAACUCUGGCCUCCAAGCAAGUCAGGAGCGUCAUUCAGAACCACAUUUUACAAACGGGGGCGGCGAAGGGGGCCGAAAUGGCGCACCAACUCUACGUGUUGCAGACGUUGAUGUUGGGGCUUCUGGAGCAGAGAAUGGUCACGAAGAUGGACCCUCAAGACCAAGAUGGCCAUGACAAGAUUAAAGAAUUGCGGCGGAUAGCGUUCGAUAGUGAGGGGGCCGGCGGAGCGAGAGGGCCCGGGGGUUUCACCCGAGACUACAAAAAACUCGGCUUCAAGAACGACAUUAACCCGGCUUUGGACUUCACCGAGACGCCCCCGGGUCUGUUGGCGCUGGAUUGCAUGGUGUACUUCGCCCGGAAUCACCCGGAUAGCUACACCAAGCUGGUGCUGGAAAAUAGUUGCAGGGCCGACGAGCACGAGUGUCCCUUUGGAAGGGCCAGCGUGGAGUUGGUCAGGAUUUUGUGCGAGUUGUUGAAGAUCGGGGAGGCGCCGUCGGAGCAGGGGGCUUCCUUCCAACCGUUGUUUUUCACCCAUGACAGCCCCUUUGAGGAGUGCUUUUGCAUUUGCAUAGUUCUGCUGAACAAGACGUGGAAGGAAAUGAGGGCGACGUCUGAAGAUUUCGGGAAGGUCGCCAGUGUGGUGAGGGAGCAAAUCGUGAGAGCGUUGGACGUGUCGCCGGCGUCCCUAGAACAAUUAAAGGUGAAGCUCCAGACCCUCACCUACAGCGACAUCACCCAAUUAUGGCAACUCGAGCGCACCUCCCGCGAAGAAUGGGAGUCCCACGCCCGCCCCAUCGUCGAACUCCGCGAGCAAAUCACCCCCGACAUCCUAAACCUAAUCAAACAGCAGCGUCUAGCCUUCCUUGUCGACGGCACCCGCUUCACCAAAUAUUCAGCCCGUGGACAACGCAUCAAAGACAAAUUCUGGUACAUCCGCUUAAGCCCCAAUCACAAAGUGCUCCACUACGGCGACUGCGACGAAAAGAGCGCCCCCACGACCGAAGAGCUCCCGUCGAAACUGGCGGUGGCGGACAUCCGCGCUUUACUCGUGGGCAGAGACUGCCCCCACAUGCGCGCCCGCAAGGCUUCCCACCAACUCGCCUUCUCUCUAGCUCUAGAAAGCGUGGACUUGCAGUCCCUGGAUUGCGUAGCCCCCGACGAAAUGACGUUCGCCUAUUGGACGGACGGAAUCAACGCGCUGUUGGGGCAGAGGAUGGUGAGCAAGGAGACUGACAGGGAUUUGGAUACGUUGCUCUCGAUGGAGAUUAAGUUGAGGCUUCUGGACGCCGAGGGGGUGACGGUGCCGCAAGAUCCGCCCCCGAUUCCGCCAGAGCCCCCACAUUAUCACUUCUGCUACGAUUUAAAGUAAACAAGAUUUUCGGAGAUAUUCCGUCCUGUGUGAAUCUCGUGAGAUCUGACGCGAUUUGAGAAUCGAGACAAAGAAUUACCAAAAAGUAGAUCUGAUAUUUAAGGUUAAGUAUUAUGAAUAUGUAGGUAAGAUUGCAUGCGUUUAUAGGUUAUGAAUCUUGAUGUAUUAAUUGAUGUAUCUGCAUGGAUUAAAGGUUUUUAUAAUAA